AUGUGUGAAAUUCCUGAUCCCAAAUUUUUAAUAACUUAUUUAUUACAAAGAUAUACCACCUUUACACAUUAUUCACCUUUAGGAAUAUAUUUUGCUAACCUCUACAACUUAUAUAUUGAUACUGACUACCAAGUAGAAGAUUUAAUUAAUCCACCUGAAGAGUUAGAACCACUUGAAACUUUAUAUAUUUCUAAUAGUAGCCUCCAAUUAACCCAAUAUUUUGACCCUACUAAUAUUACUUACUUAGAAGAUAGUUCUUUUAGUAAAGAAUCUAUAUCAUAUCAAUUACCUAUUAAUACUUCCCCACCUGAGUCUGUAGUUUUAAAUCCUAAUUUUAGUAUACCUCGUGAAUCAUUUG